AUGCCCCAGAACUCCGGGUGCAAGGUCGGACUCUAUACUUCACCACAUCUUCUUAGCAUCCGUGAGAGAAUUCGUAUCAACGGCAAGCCGAUAGAGGAAGACGCCUUUGCGAGUGCCGUUUUCGAAAUAUGGGAUAAACUGCCACGUGAGGUGAGCCCCGACAUGGACAUCCCCCGGUACCUCCAGCUUUUGACCCUUCUCUCUUUCCAUGUUUUUCUCAAAGAAAAGGUUGACGUUGCAGUCUAUGAGCCACACAUGGGUGGCAAGUACGAUGCGACAAAUGUAGUAUCAUCAUCCGUCGUGAUAGCAGUGACUCGAAUGGCAGAAGACCAUGUCAAAUUCCUCGGACCGUCUAUUGAAAAUAUCGCUUGGCAGAAGGCGGGGUUCUUCAAGCCUCGUUGUCCGGCGAGAAAUGCAGAAGCAUCCGUACAGACAGGGAUUUGA